ACUAUACACUGCACUACAAUACACUACUCAACUCUACUUCAAAGCAAACUACUCUCAUCACCUUCUCUUCAACUCGACAAUCGUUCGAUCUUCCCAAUCAUUCAAGAUGCCUGCUCCCAUGGAACCCACCCAGCAAGCCCCUAUGACCUCUGAUAACGGAGACAUCGUCACACAGCAGCCUACUGCUGAGCCCCAGCCCGACAUGUCCAUGCGAGGUGGUGAAGAAGCUGGCUGCGAGAUCUGCUGUGGUCUCUGCGCCUGCGACGAGGGAUGCUGCUAAGCUUUGCGUGUCCGACUUUGAACAUCUUGUCUACGAAAUGGGAUAUAGAUAGAUCAAGUUGAACUGGGAAGGAGUUUUUGGCAGCCUUGAUAUUGUGAUUUAGUAACUUUGGUGUGGAUUGGAUGUUGAUAAAUUUAAGCAAUAAAGUAUAUUCGCUUACU